AUGCCGCUUUGUGGCAUCUGCACGGCACUUCCGCUCAAUGUGGAAAAUCUUCGCUCUACGGAGGUUGCAUUUCAUGCAAAUCUCGCCAGCUUGAAGGCAAGUUCCGAAAAUGGCUGUCCAUUCUGUAUACUCUGCUGGACUGCGCUAGAACGCGAAUCGGCGGCUGCGGAUAUCACAAAACAACUCACUUCAGAAGCGCCCAUGCCGAUACAGCUUUACGGCUGUUUUGAAGACCAUGGCAGUAUACGCUCCGAACCCCUCAGCUCGAUGGGCAGUUACAUCAUCGUCAACUGCGGUCCUGCCGAUGACAGGCCAUAUCUCAGCGCAAUCACUACGGGGCUCUACACACACCUCAACGUUCAUGCAGGCGCAGAUGCACCAGCCAAAGGGUUUAUUCGUGGUCGGUUGUGCGCUGCGGAGCCAAAUCUCCUACACGCACAACUGUACCUCGCACGAAUGUGGUUGAAUGAGUGCCGCAAGUACCACGAAUUGUGUCGAGGACGUUCUUCCAACUUCUGGCCAUUAAGAGUACUUUAUGUUGGCGAUGGCAAAGAACAGACUCCCCGGCUCAUAGUUGACGGGCAGCUACCAGAUCAAUACGCCGCGUUGUCGUACUGUYGGGGUAGCAGUACGCACAAACGACUUCGAUUGCUCGGAUCAAAUCUCGAAGAACUGAAGGAAAGUGUUGAUGUAAAUGCAAUGGCACGGACUAAUCGCGAGGCUUGUGAAGUCGUGCGAAGACUUGGCAUCAAGUACAUCUGGAUAGAUGCAUUGUGUAUCAUUCAAGACAGCAGAGAAGAUUGGCGUCAGCAAUCUCAACUCAUGGCUCAGAUCUACGCUGGAGCAUACAUCACCAUCGUUGCUGGCAACGCCGCAGACAGUGCGGAUGGGUUCCUUCACGCUGUCGACCCUGGCAAUCGAGUUGAGCUUCCUUACUCCAGCCCCACAAAUCCAGAACUGUUAGGUGUUGUGUAUGCCAGCCUUCAACGAAGCAGGAAGGAGGGUCCUGUUUCCACUCGAGCUUGGUGUUUCCAAGAACGUGCGCUGAGUCGUCGAAUGCUCGUCUGGGGUGCCGAGCAAAUCCACUUCAAAUGUUUGGAAGGAACUUUCUAUGAAAAUGGAGGUGGAACCUUUGCGCCUAUGACUAUGGUGCGGACUGACUUGCCGGAGUACUCUGCUUCUGAGGAGCGUUUCCGGCAAAGAAUGGGUGUGCUACGACAGUGGUACAGCCUUGUGGCAGAAUACAGCUCCCGCGAUCUAUGGGACCCUGCCGAUAUCUUCGCGGCAAUGUCGGGGAUUGCACAACAAGCCGAAAAGACAUUGCGAUGCGCCUAUCUGGCGGGUAUCUGGGAUAUGGACCUGACAAGAGGUCUACUUUGGCAGCCCGCGAACCUCCAAAGAGCAAUCAAGUUCAAACCGCUCGUUAGACCCAAAGUCAUGAAUGCCAUGUGGGGCGGGCGCGCAGGAGAUGUUCUUGUACGAGCACCAAGCUGGUCGUGGGCUGCUUCGGAGGGACCCGUGACUUAUGGGAGCUAUUUUGUGGCUAGGUACGAUGCUGUCUUCUUGGAUACUUCGAGAUGGCGGAUUCGACCUUCGGAAUCUGAUGGCAAUUGGUCACCUCAAACGGAUCAAUGCCAUGCCACAGAGUUUAACAUGGCAGGGUGCACGCUUCGUGUCAUUGGCAAGCCCAAGGCUGUCAUUUGCUCGAAAGCGUCACCAACAGACACAGCGGCCCUUGGGCAGACUUUAUCAUUACAGAGAGCAGUCCAGCAAAAGAGACAUGUGCUGUUAACGGUGAAAGAAGGCCCGAGAGCUGGCGAUGAGGUCGGGGUUGGUAUAUACGAUAUCGUGGGAGAGGAAGAAGACGAAGCCUGGUGUCUGCAAGUCAUUGACCAACGAGGCGCAAAAGGGAGACAUACACUAGACGGACUUUUGCUUCGACGCUGUGCAGAUGCAGACGCGACAUUCGCGCGAGUAGGCAUAUUUCGUAUCCUGGACGACGACUUCUUCAACGACGAAGGUGUAGAGGAGACCUUGAAACUGGUCUGA